ACAGAUUUUUGCACGCGAUUUGUCAGCCCGACAUUUCCGGCAACAUCACCCUGGGCGGGAAUUGGAUUUGAGGUGUUUUUCCUUUUUUUUUUUUUUAUUUUCACUUCUUAUUCCUCCAUUCCUGUAUUUUUCGAAUGCCACAAAACAAGCGGCAGUCCAAGUUGAUUUAGUAAGUCACGUGGCCGCGCAACUGUAAAUUGCCUCAUCCUGGGUUUUCCUGUUGGAGUUCAGGUGUGGGUUCCGUUUUCUGAGUCGUGGGUCACAAAGUAUCACAGUGGUUAUGCUUGGUUCUAAGUUUUUCCUUCGUUUUUCUUUUUCACAUGUUUUUCCACCACAUUUUGCCAAAAAGGUCACGCAGGCUUUGCCAAAAGACGUGCUAAAAGAAUAGAUCAUAAUAUUAGGAUGAGAAAAAUAUUACUUAAUGUCGUUCCUAUAACCAUAUAAAUUAAAUAUAAAAUUUUACAAAAACUUAAAGUUUACAUAUAAUUGCGAAAUAAUUGAACCGAAUUUCGACUACAAACAGAUAAUUUAAUUGCAAUAUUUUUGCUUGACUGUUAUCAUCCAAAAUAAAUAUGUACAGGGAUUUCCUGAAGUUGUUUGAUAGCCAAAGAUACACGUAAAGCUAGCCACGAUAAUUUUGCAUACUUCUAUACUAAAGAGGUUUGACGAAAUUUGGUUUGUUAUUGUGUACUGAAAGCUAAAAAUGCUUAUCUGAAUCAUCCGAAGUGUACAGAAUUUUACAUAUAAAAGGCACUGCCUGAUUGUGCACGUUAUCAGUAUACUUUUUGCAGUCCACCAAAAUGGUUCGCAAGCCAAGUGAAAUAUUUUUGCUUGUGAUAGCCUUCGCCGCUUUCAUGGGAGAUUCUCAGGGUGCCAAUAUUCUGGGUCUCUUCCCCAGCCUGAGUCCCUCACAUUUGAUCAUUCAAAUGUCAGCGGCUAAGAUUUUGGCGGAGAAGGGUCAUAAUGUGACGGUAGUUACUGCUCUAAAGCCGGUUGUGAACCACAAAAACAUAACUGUGAUCCAAGUGCCACUCUCCCAGGAGGAAUCCCAGGAAAUGAGCGACGUUAUUGGAAGAAUGUCCAAGAACGACAAUAGCAACAUGGCUUUAUCCCUACUCCGGAUGUCAGAUCAGAUGGACUUCAUGGUCAGAAAGAAUGCAGAGACUCUAAUGGAUGAUCAAGUAAAGGCUCUUUACCUAAACAAAGGCAACCAGUUUGACCUGGUUCUCUCGGGAUACUUCAUGAACGAAUUCCAACUUGGAUUCGCUAGGAAAGUGAAUGCACCAGUCAUCGUCUUUGCUACAAUGCCUCCUAACCAAUUGUUGAACCCACUGAUCGGCAAUCCCUUGGAACUUUCAUAUGCUGCACUCACUGUGGAACCCGGUAAGGGUGUGACGUUUAAAGAACGUUUUUUCGCCUACAUAUCAAGCCUCGGCUUUGGACUCUUUAGCUACCUUUCAGAGAGGCGUAACAGGAUUUGGUACAAGAAAAUAUUCGGUGAUGAUCCCACCAUGCCUGAAUACUCCGAGUUGCUGAAAAACACUUCUCUGGUAUUCUUCGGCUCCCACGCAGCCAGCGAGGGUCCCAUCCGACCCAAUGUCCCAGCCGCGGUCGAGAUUGGAGGAAUUCAAAUUAAGGACACGCCUGAUCCACUGCCUCAGAACAUGGCGGAUUUUCUGGGCAAUGCCACAGAUGGAGCCAUACUCCUCUCCCUGGGUUCCAAUAUUCAGGGAAAACAUCUGAAGCCAGACACUGUGGUCAAGAUAUUCAAUGUCCUCUCGAAGCUGAAGCAGAGGGUUAUCUGGAAAUGGGAGGAUUUGGAGAAUACCCCUGGCAAAUCGGACAAUAUUUUGUAUUCAAAGUGGCUGCCACAGGACGAUAUCCUGGCACAUCCCAAUAUUAAGCUGUUCAUCAACCAUGCCGGAAAGGGAGGCAUUACUGAGGCGCAAUAUCAUGGAAAACCUAUGCUAUCGCUUCCGGUGUUUGCAGAUCAGCCCCGCAACGCCAACAGUAUGGUCCAAAAGGGUUUUGGCCUCACUCUAAGCCUACUCACUUUGGAGGAACAACCGUUCCGUGAAGCAAUCUUAGAAAUCCUCUCGAAUCCCGAGUACGCACUGAAAGUAGCCUCAUUUUCUUCCCUGUACCGAGAUCGCCCAAUGACCGCUAGGGAAACACUUGUCUACUGGACGGAGUACGUCAUCCGGCACCAUGGAGCUCCCCAUCUGCAGAGUCCUUUGCUUUACAUGAACGACAUAGCAGCUAAAAAUAUUGAUAUCUAUAUCCUUUUCACCAUCAUAUUUGUUACUGUGAUACUCCUGGUCAAGGCAGUGAUUAAAUUUGUUUACAGAAAGUUCACCUCGAAGCCAAAGAAGGAGAAAGUGCAAUAA